AUGCAGGCCUGCGAUCGUUGCCAUCGCCGAAAGUCACGAUGUGAUAAACAGGUACCUCUCUGCGGCCCGUGUAUGAAGGCCGGUGUCCCCUGCGUAUAUACAGAUCGUUCCAAAGAGCCGACGUAUAGAAAAGAGGUUGUCGAGCGGUUAGAGCGCCGGCUGAAGCAGUGCGAGGCGACUAAUCGUGCUUUGGCUGCGAGAUUGGCGAGUGCUAACAGUCAGCUUGCUGCGGCCACGGGAGUAAAUGGCGCCUCAAGUGAGGAUCGGGCAAUGGCUGCCCUCCCUCAGGACCAGCAGCAGCAGCAACAGCAGCAACCACGGUCAGACAGCGACAAUGAGGUGACGGACGAGGUUUCGUUCCUAUCCCUGACUGCUGGCGGGGAAAGGCAAUUCUUAGGAUCGGGCAGCGGAGUGCUGUUUGCCAACCUUGUUCGUGCUACAGUAGAAGCAACUUCUGCACCUACUUCGUCAAUUGCUCUCAAAACCAGAGAGUUCCAACGCAAUUCUCCCUAUCCCGCCGGUGGUCUUCCCGGAUCUCUCGCAUCAAUACCGAAGACCGACCUCUCCCAGAUUCCCCCUGAACUAUUCGCGCGAGACCUACACCAUGCAUACUUCGAACAUGACCACCUUUGCUACCCUUUCCUCCAUCGCCCUACCGUCCUUGCCUCCUUUGAACAAAUAUACGCAGAUCCAUCGUCCCUGGAUCGCGACCACUCCGCUGCGUUUGUAUACUAUAUGAUAUUAGCUAUAUCGUCGGUCGAUUUCCAUAAAUUCGAUUGGCAGACGAGACCUGAUGCCGAAAAUUUUCACGCAAUUGCAUUGGCCAGGCUUAAUGAGGUCCUGCAGCUUGGUGGGAUUAAGGCGCUACAAGCCAUCCUUCUGCUUGUGCAGUAUCGGAUGAGGAGUUCAAUCCAGGAUACUUCUGCAAGCAUGUGGCAUUUAGUCGGAGUCGCGGCGCGAAUAUGCUUUGAACUUGGCCUUCAUCGAGAGCUUGUAUAUCAGGUUCGUCAGACUCCCGAUCCGUCUGGGUUAAGCGCGACGGAUCAAUUCAUUCGAUCAGAAACUAAACGUCGGUGUUUCUUUUGCGUCGUUGCAAUGGAUCGUGUUGUGAGCAUUACGCUGGGCCGGCCCUUUGCAAUUCGACUCGAGGAUAUCGACGUUUCUCUCCCCGAUUCCCAAUUCGAUUUGGAUAUCACCCCACCUGGAUCCAGCUUUCACCCGUCAACCGGCGAGUCAUUUUCUCGCACGGCCUUGUUCGUUCACAUUGUUCGCUAUAGAACCCUAUGUGGCAAGAUCCUCGCUUCGUUGCACAGUGGAAAGCGCCCUCAGCAGAAAGUCGAGGACAGUGCUGCUUUGGAAGUUCGAGAAAGCCUGGCAGCGGAACUUGAGGCAUGGCGCCAUGACACGGCUUCCCUCAAUCUUCCUGCUGUAGAUCUUUCUAGUGCAAUACCGGGUGACAGGUCAAGUUUCCGUGCACAUGAGUGGUACGAGAUUUUAUACCACAACGCAAUUCUGAUGCUCUACCGCCCGUCCCCUGCAUUUUCGGCAGUUUCGACGAAAGUUCCAGUCUCGAUACAAACGAUCUUUAUGGCUGCGAAGCAAUCUAUCACUUUGUAUGCUCAUCUCCAUCGCUCUAGGAGGAUUAACUAUACAUGGAUUACGCUACACGCCGUGUUCAUGGCAGGCCUUUCUUACGUUUACGCCGUUGGUCGGCAUUUUCGCGCAAAACGUCGAAUAGCAGCCGGAGGCCACGCGACCACGAUGCUCGACGAAGAUCCAUCUAUCAUAGAAAUUGUGAACGAAACCCGUGCUUGCUCUAACGUGCUGGUAGCUGUAUCCGAGCGCUGGUCUGCCUCCCGCAAUUCUCACGACGUGUUCCACCGUCUGAGCGACGCAGUUCUCGCCGAUGCCAUUGAACUUUUAAGCUCGCCACCGCCGUCAUCAGCGACUAGCCAACAUCCGCAAGGUUCCAUACCAAUUGGCGGGCUGGGUUCUCCAUCCAGCAUGUCCAUGAGCGGAAUGGCCCAUAUGAAUAAUACCACAAGCACACCCGGUGGCCUGGAAACGUCAUGGCCUGUGCCGGAUAUGGUGACCAGUCCGCCGCUGGCGGUGGAUUCAGUGUUGAGGGAUUGUUUUAGGGAUUUACAAAAUAUCCACGAGCAUGGUUGCGGAGAUGAUCCGAUUGGGAGACUGUCGCAGGAUUGGUUGGGAGAGAUUGGUGGGAUGUCAUUGGAAGCGGUGCAGAUUUGGGGAGAGUAG